AGUGCCAACAACGCACGCACGUACGCCCCCGCACGACCUCUCGCCCCCUCCUCAUCCUACCAUCCGACGCCACAGCACGGCGGGGAUGCCGUUCGCCAAUCCUCCCGCGCCCGAGCCGUCUCACCGGAACCGCCAAGCCUGCCCACCCGGGGAUCACCACCGCACACACCCCCUCACCUCGAAGGGACCCUGCCUGUCCGGCUCGAGUUCCUUGCAUCACCAUCUGCCCGACUGUAGGUCAGGGCGCUCGUCGCCGGUGAGAGGCGCGCGGGAGCUGUUGCUGCCGCCGGGGACUUGGACACACGCGGGGCAGCCGCAGGCGAACGAAGCCGCAAGUGAGACCUCGACGGGCGGCGCCGAACACCGGUCUCCUCCCUGCUGCGCGUCGUUGACCUCCCUGCUGCAAGCUCCGCCUUCCUCUGGGGCUAUUUCCUCCACAACAGGCUGCUCCAUCCAUCGGUACCCUACAGACUACGUCCUAUUCAUUUCAGCACUCAGAUUUACCUGCAUAUGUGUCUACGUACUGAAGAAAGAUGCAGCCGAGGAAGUUGUAAAGAUGGUGUCUAGAGAUAGCUUGCUGGCCCUAAUGGCUGAACCCCAUGAACAAUUUCAGCCGACAUGCACAUCACCACAAGUCCAUAUCUUAAUUGAGUUCCUACACCAGCUGUUACUGGAUAAAUUGUGUACGACGCCAUGCUUGCACCCUUGUUCCAAGAGUAUUUGCAGUUCUAUUCUUGGUUGUUCGUUGCACAAGAAGCUACCCUCGAAGCUGCUCUGUGUGUGAAGGAAGCUCAGAAACAGUGUUUUCUUGAGGAAACAGAGCAUGAUUGUGGAUCUUUUCAAAAUGGUCUGGAUGAGAGUGAUUGGCUUGCUGAAUUGACUGAGAUUGGAAUGCUUGACGUAUUCGAAGAUGUUGGCCUCUCUACUGUUCAAACAACUUGUUCGUCUCAAGGCAACAACGCAACUGACUUGGAACAACGUUGACCCUUUACCGCCACCAUAUACCAUAGCCUGCACUGAAGGGCCUUCCUACGCUAUGGAUAAGCCGCCCCAGCUGCUUUACAGAGGCAGCGCUCAAUCAAGUUGGGUCGCCAUUCGGCUGUCUAGAGCGGGAGCGGCAAUGACGAAGGCAAGUAUGUUGUUGUCCCCUUCUGAAGUUCAGUUAUGUCAGGCAGGGAGUCAAUCAGUGCAUUAUCUGUGGUAUUGAAUUUUCUGAUUUUGUGUUGACCAAUAAGUGAGCACAAUUGUCGGAAUGAAGAGAAGAAUUAAAUGAUUUUAUUUGAAUAUAUGUGCCUCCUAACUAUGAUGAACAAGAGAAGUUUCGGUCUAAGGUUAGACAUGCAUUGCACGUGCAU